AUGGAGCCUCAGGCCGCUAUCACAAAACUCAACAACAGAGCGUUACCAUGGAAGCACUGCAUCCACCUGACCCUGCUGCUGGUGCACCUGAGUUCACCUGGAGUAAAGGCGACCUGUCGUAUCCUGAGAUGUAACUCGGACUUUGUGGCAGCCACGUUGGACCUUGGCAGCAGCAGCAGCAGCAGCGGAGGGGGAGGAGGAGCAGAGGGAGGAGCAGAGGGAGGAGCAGAGGGAGGAGCAGCAGCUCUUAGCAGGGAGGCGAUGAAUGCAGGUUACUGUAGCGCCCUGCGCUCCUAUGCUAUGUGCACAAGGCGGAUGGCGCGGGCGUGCCGGGGGGACCUGGCCUACCACUCAGCUGUUCAGGGCAUCGAAGACCUGCUGAUCCAACACAGCUGCCCCCGAGCGGGGCCCACCGCACAGCCCCGCCCCCUCCCUCAGGGCACGCUGUCGGGGGACGCCUGUCUCUAUGAGCGGAGCUUCUUCUCCAGAGAGCGCCGCAUGCCGGAGUACCUGCACUGCAGCGUCUUUGGAGACCCGCAUGUUCGAACCUUCAACCACGACUUCCAGACGUGUGCUGUGCAGGGGGCGUGGCCUCUCGUAGACAACGAGUAUCUGUACAUACAGGCCACCAGCUCGCCAACAAGGGAGGGGACGCAAGCCACGGCGCUCACAAAGAUAACCAUCAUCUUUAAGAACAUGCGUCAGUGCAUCGAUCAGCAGCUGUACCAGGCCGAGCUCGAUAACGUCCCCGCUGCCUUUGCUGACGGCUCGGUCUGGAGCGGUGAGAGGCGGGGUCACCACAGCCUGACGGUGCGGACCCAGAGUCCCGGCCAACAUGCGGAGAUCAGAGCUGCUCACAUCGGGACGCUGCUGGUCGUGCGUCAGAGCGGACGCUCGCUUGGCCUGUCGGUCCGCUCGCCGCGUGGCAUCAUGGAGGCCUUCGGCCCAGAGCAAGACCUGCAGCUGUGCGUGUGGGGCUGUCCCCCCUCGCAGAGACUCAACACGCUCCGCCCACUGUCACCCGACCCCCCGCCUCCCUUUGCUCUCAGCGCCCAGACUCACUGCGCUGCGCUGCUUCCUGACAGAGACAUCUACUACCACGCCUGUGUGUUUGACCUGAUCAGCAGCGGAGACCUGAAUUCCAGCAUGGCCGCCAUCAACGCGCUGCAGGACGCCAUGAGCAUGAUCUCUGACGUGCAGACGCUCCACCUGCUGCCUGUGGCCUCCAGCCUGCAGCACCAUGCACACCUGGACCUCCUGCUGCUCUUGCUGCUGCUGGGCCUGUCGCUCAGGUGA